AUGAAGGACAUGUUUGUCGUCUUCGUACUGUUUUCUAUCAUUGGUUUCUAUCCUAACUCAGUGCUUUGUUGUAAUAAUACAGUAUUAGAGGUGAAAGUUGCAGGUGAAGUCAAAAUAACAUUUGACUUAGAUGCCACUGAUAAUUUGAUUCAAAUUAAACAUGGAAAGAGUAUAUUAGUUACUGGAGCGAAUGGAAGCUUUGACAAACUCAACAAUACAAGAUUUCAGAUCGCAGAAAACAACAAUGACAGAUUUAGUUUUACGAUAAGGAAUGUGGGUACAAAUGAUCUUGGACCAUAUUGUCUAGAGCAAAAAAGUACAGUAAGAUGCUGCACCAACCUGACAAUAGAUAACAACACUCAAACUGUCACCAAGUCUUCGGAGCCUUCACCAACGUCAAAGUCACCUGUGAAGAAUAAAAAUGAUAGUAAGACAACAAGACCUAGUGAUGGUAACACUGGUAGAAAUCAAACAAGAUCUGGUGAUAGUAAGAGCGGGAGUAUGCCAGUAAGGCCUGUUGGUGGUAGCAAUGGUAAUAAGCCAAUAGUUCCUGGUGAUGGUAACAGUGGUAGUAAGCAAACAGGUUCUGGUGAUGGUAAGGGUGGUAGUAUGCAAACAGGUUCUGGUGAUGGUAAGGGUGGUAGUAAGCAAACAGGUUCUGGUGAUGGUAAGGGUGGUAGUAUGCAAACAGGUUCUGGUGAUGGUAAGGGUGGUAGUAUGCAAACAGGUUCUGGUGAUGGUAAGGGUGGUAGUAAGCAAACAGGCUCUGGUGAUGGUAACAGUGGUAUUAUACCAGGUGUGGUGAUUAUGAUGUUGACAGUCAUAAUAGUGAUCAUAUCUAUCGUCUUCUACAAGAAAUAUAAAUGUAGAGGAACUGAUUUACUCCGAUUUGUCAUUGAGUGAAGCUAGUGCUAUAAUACACAGUAAAAGAGAGAGUGUGGAGUAUGGUGAGAUAGAUUUUACAAAUGUUCAGUACGAUACUGAUGAUAGUUCUGAAUCUGAAUAAGUGGGAAAUACGUUAUUUCCCGAUUUUAUUAUUUUUUUGUAUAUGACAAUAUCAAAGGCGGAAAGUUGGAAAUGUUAAAGAUGCAUUAUGUAAGAUUUAGAUAAAGAGCUUACCUCUCUUGUUUUAAUAGUUCAUAAACAGAUAAUGAAAAAUGAAUAUAUUGAAAAUAUCAUUCAACCUACUUUAUUCUGGACGAAGUUAUAACUAGUUGAAGAUGAAGCGAGUAUCAUUUAUUAUCGUAGCAACUGAACUUGACAACCGAGUUUCGAUUAUCCAACUGAUCAUUAAAUUUCUAAUAUCUCCGCUCCAAUAGUCUAGUGAGUUGAUUACAGGCUUGCCAUGUUAAUGAAUACCUAAAUUAUCAUUUAUGCAAGAUUUGAAGUCAGACAGAAAAAAAACCCUGCACUAGACAGAUUUAGCUCUUACAUAAUGCACAGUGAGCUAGUUCAAAAGUCAAACACAUGCAUGCAGUGUUCCAAUGUAAAGAUGUUUGCUAUUAUCUUGUUAGCUUAUCUUGUAUGAAAGAGAAACCAAUUCAAACUUUGAAAUUACCCGAUUUAAAUAAUUUUUAUUGUUUAAAUACAAUUAUUUUAAAUUUAACCUUAGUUCUGGCAUGUUGGGGUUUCCGAUCUAAUGUGAUGGCUUUAGGACAAUGUUGAUGAGUUUAGUCUCAAAUAGUAUUUUAAAAUCCAACCUGGGUUUUUUUUAUAAUAUAGUUUUAAAUAUUAUUUGUUUCAUGAUAUAUUAACUUUUAUUUUAAUUGUCAAUUAUUAAUUUUUUACAAUUAUUUUACCAUAGUGAACUAAUGUGAUAAUAAUUAUUAAUAUAUUUUGUUUUUUGUUGUUUAAACUUAUACAGCCUUCUUCAGAAAUGUCAAAUAUUGCUCACUAUUAUCAAUAAAGUUUAUCCGCUAGCUUUCCGGUGGAUUCGCUGUA